AUGGUGACGCCUUCGUCGGCGCGCAAACGGAAGGCCCAUACCUCCGACCAUGCAUCACGAUCAUCCCCAUCACCGACUAAAGUGAAGAAGCCCAAGACGGCCGGCACUAGUACCGGCGAGAAACGACUGCGCCGAUACCGAUCGAAACCACCUCAAAGCUUUCACGAAGUUUUCCACCGUGCGACGAACCAGCGCUUCUACGUUCUCGGGCGGCGGCGAUGCGGCACCCCGGAUGCCCCGGAGGAGGAGAUCGAGUUGACUGGCUCUACUGGCAAUGUAUACAGAGUCAAGAUCGGUCAGACCCCGUCGUGUAGUUGCCCGCACUCCAUGAAGGGAAACCAAUGCAAACACUGGCUCUAUGUCAUGUCUCGAGUCCUCCGCGCGAAAUUCGAACACACCUACCAACUGGCCUUGGUCCCCAGCGAACUCAAGGAGAUCUUUGACAAGGCCCCGCCCAUCGAUACCCAAGCCGACAAUUCCAAAGACAAGAAUCGCAAGCCCAUCGACGGCGACUGCCCCAUCUGCUUCUGCGAGCUCGAAUCUGACAACAAAGAGACGAUUGUGUGGUGUCGCGCAGCUUGCGGACAAAACAUACACAAGGAAUGUUUCGAGACGUGGGCUGCGACAAAACGUCGCGGCAGCUUUGGCUCAAGCGAUGUGACUUGCCCAUACUGCCGUAGUAUAUGGCAGGGCGAUGAUGAUAUGAUCAAGAACAUCAAGAAAGGCGGCAAGAUCACCCAUGAGGGAUAUGUCAAUGUCGCUGAACAGCUCGGUAUCAGCACGCAAAGAGACUAUAGUACCUAUUCUAGAUGGUGGAGAGGAAGUUAA